AAUGUGCUCAAACUCAGUGAGCGGGAACUUACAAAUAAUUCUAAAAGUUCAUGGCACGACCAGUAUAAGGACAGUGCAUGGAUAUUUAUAGGUGGUUUGCCUUACGAUCUAACUGAAGGAGAUGUCAUCUGUGUAUUUUCACAAUAUGGUGAAAUAGUUAACAUAAAUAUGGUCAGAGAUAAAGCAACUGGUAAACCACGAGGGUUUGCAUUUCUUUGUUAUGAAGAUCAGCGUUCAACAAUACUUGCUGUUGACAAUUUAAAUGGAAUCAAAAUUUUGGGCGAACCUUACGAGGUGGAUCAUUGUGAACAAUACAAAGCUCCAAAUGCAGAUAUGAGUAAAGUUGAUGAUGUAACUGCAGCUGUUAGAAUGGAAGGCUGUGCACCAGUGCCUACGAAAGUUGAGCUAGUUGUCAAAAAGGUAUCUAGUGUAAAUUUAAUUUCCAUAAUGAGAAAACCUAUAUAGCAGUCUAGAAUAAUAUUAUGUAUAUUACUGAAAAAUUACGAAAUUAGAGCUUAUUCUCGAUGCCACAUAUUAUUUUGACAGUAUGUAACAAGCACAUAACGCACUCCUUCGCGUUUAAGACAAUAGAAAUUGGCAUACGGAAUAUCAUUCCACUGGAAUUUUAUAAAAGUAAUGAAAAACAGCUGUGUUACGAGUUGACACUGGCA